AUGGUCAGCACAAAGCCGGCCGCUCGUGGUGGUCUUCCGAUCAUCAUCGAAAAAGAUGGGUUUCGGUAUGUGCGCCCGAGGCCCGGGCUCCAGCUUCUCCCCGAGAAGGCAGACGAUCUUUCUGGAGCACGAAAGCAUGCGGCUCGCUUUUGCGUCUCCGCAGCUCUGCCCUGUCUCGUCCAGUCUGAUUUUUCGGAAAAAAUACAAGUACCCGCUGCGGACAUGAUAAAAGACGACCCUGCUACUUCUACUUUCAGCCAAAGCGACAAGGUCAACGACAACAAAGGUUGUCUCCUGAGGACUCAUCCGGAUUAUGCGAAAGUGCUCAACGACCUGAUAGCUUUGUCUGGUCCACAACGGAGCUGCACGAAAAAAGGAACCUCGUCGUCCAGCGAGAAUGUUUUCAAGGAUACCGACAGCCGAACUGGGAGCCUGAUCUUCGAAGAGUUGCGUUCAUUCGUGGCCCCGUUGGUUGGUAUCACGGAGCAAGCAGAGCUGUUGCAUUCUCUUGAUGUGCCCCACUGCAAGCUGUUGCGCGAGGUAAUCGAGCUCCGUACAUUCGAGUUGGAUGUUCUUGAUCUUCUCCGGGGAAUGGGCAACGGCCUACGUUUUUUGCACGACGGAGCACAGAUCCCUUACGGCUGCCUUAAUAGCGAAACUGUCGCUCUAGAACUCGUGCGAGCUGAUCACGUGUUUGGUGGUUUUCCUGACGCGGUGGAGGAGGUGGAAGAAGCGCCAGGUGGUGGCGCUGCCGGGCAAGGCGAGGAUGUCAUUUCGUGGGCAAUGCUUCUGGAGGAUCUUCAACUUGAAAGAAGCUCUGCAGCUCGCGAACUCGCCCGGCGGGAAAAAUCACACCAGACUCGGAGACGGAACGACGUGAGUGCAGAAGAACUGAUGUCGGCGCAGCAAAUCAGUUCUCCGCCGGUUACUGCGGGCGCCACGACCGUGACAGCCAGAACCGAGGAAGAGGAGAAGGGCUCGCUGCUUUCUUCUAAAUCGCCACUGAUACGACCUGGCCCAGACCAUUCCGCGACCAGAGCUGCACAGGGGAAAAAAGAUUCCUGCCGCGUCGGAGUAGCUGCAGCAACCUUGGAUAAGGAUAUUGCGCGCGUCCUCGCUGAACCACCUGCGACUGAAAAAACAACAAGAAUCUCGCGGGAGGUCGACACGAACGAAUGCAAAAGCGUCGAGGUCGAAGCUCGCUUUGAUGCUCCUGUGGGAAGCGCGACGACUCCACGGCUGAAAGCCGGCGACUCUAGUGGUUCGUCGAACGAUAGGAAGCAGAAGAUCGCGUCUCCGUUAUUGGCUCCACGGACAGCGCUUGGCAAAACUGACAUUUCCGGCUGGGCCGCAUCACAAACAUCACAGCAGCAAUCCUCUGCGGCGCAGUUGCCGUUCGUGUUCACCCACAACUCCAUGUCACAACAUGAAUCGUUGGCCGGCAGGAGCACUGCGCCUCUGCGUCUGCCUGCAGAAGCGGAGGACGCGGCAAGGAAAGUAGAAAGGCAUGUUGGCAGCCGUUUGUUUGAGGAGACGAAAAGUUUGAUGUCGACUAGUUUGCAAAAGCUCGAGGAUGAAAAAUUGCAAGCGGACUUGAAGCGGAAAUUCAGAACUACAACCACUACGAUGGUGCGGCUCUUCGGAGAGAGCAAGUCCGCACUCAACGAAAUAUUCCUUGGGCCGUUCGACGGUGCCGAGGUCGCACCGAGCAAGACUGAGACGAAAGAUGAAAUAGAGUCCAAAACAGAAUCAGAAGGAACAAGCAAAGUAAAAAUACCGGACAACCGCCAAAAUAAAGUCUCCGGGUCUCAACAACAUCACGACCGAAAACAGAUAGCCACGGUGCAGUAUAACGAAGAGAACGACGUAACAGAGACGAGACGAUGUGGGGAUCAUGUCGAACAGCCGACGCAUGCAGUCAUCGACACGGUACUCCCGACCUCGGCACGUCUGCAACCUGGCGCGUCUCUUACCGAGGGCAAACACGCAUCAGCGGAUGCAUGUGGCGGAGUUGGUGUUGAAACUGAAGGACCACAAAUGCAGGAUAGUCCUUCGCUGGUGCAGUCUCCAAGUGAUGAAACGCUUUCGCAGGGGAAACGACAGCAACCAAGAAAUAAAGACGCCGUUGAGUUUUUUCCUGACGUCGAUGCACUUUUUUCAUUCGAUGACCUGGAAAAUCCUUUCGCAGACGAGCCAAGUCUAAGUAAUGAUGUGUUGGAACCGCAGCGAAUCACGGCAGAUGACAACUCCAUCAACCUGCUCGCGCCACGACACUACUCAAGGACAGCGGAUAACUCUUUGCGAAAUAAGGAAGCUAGUGAGUUUGUGUCACCUGACGACGCGGACACGACUUGUGAAGGUCAGCGCAAGCCGGAGGAAAUUAAUGUUGCAACUGCACAAAUAGAAAACCUGGCCACGCUCCCUGACAGUUUUUACGAACUUGAGGUGGGCGGGGACAAAGCAACGUAUUCGGAGGCGGAAGCGAGAGACAACUCGGCCUACCAAGAAAACUCAGUGCCUCCGGGGCAUAGAGGGUCUGAAAGUCAAGAAACAGAAUCAGUCGGGCCGACGUCAAAAACCAAGCGCGACGCUAGAGAUGGUGGCGACGAAAAAUGGUCGGACCAGGACAAAUCCAUCGUCAAUGCCCUCUACGUAGCCGCAGACCAGUCUUUCGCGUUGACGUCAAACGAAGCUGUAGCUCAGACGCGAUCAUCUCGAUUGCCAACUGCGGACGAGCAGACGUCUGGUCCGACGCUCCCACGACCUGAGCAGCAGCAUCACUCCAGCUCCAGAAGAACCAACUUACCCCGGGGGCUUAAGUUGGUUCCCCGGCUUCUGCAGCCGGGAUUCGCCUGGUGGCUAGAGCCACCGCCACUUCCAGGGGCACAGAAACACGAUGUUCUUCAGGGCCCGCAAUCUUCUGAUUGCGGGACCAUGUACUCUCAGGAGAUGCAAGAAGAGAAAGACCACAAGGAGGAGGGCCGCCAUCGCGCUGCAGACGUAAAAAAAGAGGAACUCGCAGCAUCUUCUCUUCAGCGGGUCGUGCUGGAAAAAGUUGUCGAGAGCCGUCGCUGCACGAAUCUGACUCUGCGGAUGUGCGCUGCAAUGAAGGCUGAGCGCUCCAGUGUGGAUCCGCGCUGCCUACCGCCGGAGGUUUUCGGUUGUCCGCACGAGCCUCGGCUACUUUCAGAACCGCAAUACAUAGAUUCCUGGGGCCUCGGGCUGCUCGGGUUCGAAUUGCUUCUGGGGAAGAAAGCCUUCGCGGACUAUUCCACUACGAUGCUCGCGCACCGAUUCAUUCGAGGUAUACAGACGCCGGACAGAGAUACGAUCACCGAUUUAGUUGAGGAAGAAAUAUUUUCUCCGAUAUGCCAAACACUGCGCCACUAUCUGGAAUCUGACACAACCGCAUGGAGGGCCGGGGCUGGCGUCGAAGCGAUAUCGUCGUUGACGCGGCUGCUGACGGAGACGCCAAAACUACUUUGGCAGGCAGAGGAGUCGCUGGAGCCUUCAAUCCUUAAUCUCGCGGCGGCCUUGCGUCCUGGUCCUCACAGCAAGAAAGCUCGGGACGGAUUGCUGACCGGCUGCGUAUUGGUUCCGUAUCUCUUGAAGGCUCGUCCGCGAAUGGCCCCGUUCCUUGAUCACAAACUUGCCACACUGAUGAAAGGAACGGCAGGACUUGCUCUCUAGCAUGAGUAAAAGGCUGCGUGGCGGCCACAUCGGUCUCUUCCCAUAGUACCGAUUUGUGUUUAAUGAUAUUUAUACAGACGGCUCGACAUGAUCCACUAUUGCUUGCAUUUUUUUCUGUUGCACAAGGACGGUACUCGAAUUCGUUUACUAGUAUCGUUGGAUCAAGAAUCAAAUGACCCCGCCUAGCGCGCGAAGAUAUGGUAACGUUUGAAAAAAGUUUCCGAUGCAGAGGAUAAUGUUGCGCUGGUGUCGUGUUCCUGUUCUACUUCUACUACUUGUUCAAACUUCCGAUGAAGUUCCUG